AUGGCACUGCCGCUCUCUCUCGACAAAAUUUCUCUCAACGAUCCCCCGUGCGCCAACGCCCACGACGUCCUUCUAGCGGAAAGCGUAGCCACCCUCACCCGUGAGCUCAGCGGCCACCCCUCCGGCCUACUUCUGACCGGCUUUGACCGUCCCACGCGACGCCAAAUCGUCUCUGCGGCAGUUUCAGAUGUGUCCUUCAUCUCGUGCGCGCAGCCCCACCACGACACGACCUCGGAGCUGGUGCAACAGCGAAGGUUGCUCUGCUUAGACGAUCUCGAUUCACAGCAUGCUGAGGGGCUGGCCAAGGGCAUCUUCACCCGCUGUGCUGGCACCACUGUGCUCGCGCUGGCCGCGGAUAAGAAGACCGUGUCGGCGUCUUUGCUAAGGGCUGGGCGCUUGGAAAAGGUCGUGCAUAUGCUCCCGCCGCCGCGGAGCACGAGAGAGAAGGCGUGGCGGAGUGUGCUUAUACAUGUGAGACCAGGAAAUGGGGAGAAAUUGGAUGUUGACGAGAAGGCAAGAGAGUUGGCAGAUUGGUCGCCAGGGUUUGCCCCCAACGAUUUUCGCCUGACGCUGCUCAGGUUUCUUGCGAAAGGGAAGGACGGUUGCGAAGGGUAUGCGCGGCUGAAAAAGGUAGUUGCGGCGCAUCAGCCGAAAGCCGGGACGCUGGAGCUCGAUUUUGUGAACGCAAGUGCUAUGUCGCCAGGGGCUCACGCGACGACGCACUGGGACGGCGUUGGUGGAUACGCAGAUGUGAAAGAGAUGCUGGUGCGGUUGUGCGAGUGGCCGGUCCGACACAAGGACACCUUCAACAGACUCGGAGUAGAUCCACCACGCGGCGUUCUAUUGCACGGGCCGCGCGGCUGCGGGAAGACGCGGCUGGCGCUUGCAUUUCUACGGCGACUGCGCUAUGCAAAUUGGCUGCACGUCAACGCGCCGGACGUGUUUUCCAAGUAUCUCGGCGAGUCUGAGGCGCGUGUAAGGGCGCUGUUUGACCGUGCGCGGGAGUUGUCGCCGUGCGUUGUCUUCAUCGACGAGCUCGAAGCGAUGGGGGGCGGGCGGAUGGCGGGGGGCGACGCGGGAGGGACGGGGGUGGAGCAGCGCGUGCUCGGGUCGCUGCUCACCGAGUUGGACGGCGUGACGGGGGGCGAUGUGUUUGUUCUCGCGUGCGCGGGCGAUAAGAAUGCGCUGGAUGUAGCGCUGCUCAGGCCCGGACGACUGGACCAUUUGGUGGAGGUGAGGCGGCCCGCGUUGCAGGACCGCGAGGAGAUUCUGCGAGAGCUUUUGCGCGGGGAGGGCGUGAAGGAGGAAGUUGUGAGACGGAUGGCUCGCGAGAGUGUGGGGAUGAGCGGCGCGGACUUGGAGGCGCUGUGUCGCGAGGCGGCGAUGGUGACGAUGGAGGAAGUAGAGACACCGCAAUUUGUGGAGAUGAGGCACUUUUGGGUCGCCAACGAGCGAAUGCCGAAGCGGUCGGGCUCCCUCGCCGGCUGGAAUGCACAUGGGUUGUGA